AUGCAUUGGAAAGGAUUACGGCUCGGCGCGUUAUAUGACAGCGAGAAGCGACAUUUGACCGAGCCGCAGAUACAGUCCCGCCAUAGCGAACAAUUGCACCGUCCGACUCAGUCAACAACGAACCUUGCCCCGCGAAACUCUGAAUCUUUACCUCGCUCACCGAUCUCCGCGGAAGAUGACAACGAUCAUGGCGAAAGUGGUGGAAACAAGGGUACCUUCUUUGCAGGAAACACGUCGCUCAAGUCCAAGCUUCCCAGUGCCCUCCAUGCAAGUCGGGACAACCUGCAUAUGCGCGGAAACCGGUUCAGCUUGAUGAGGCUUCGUCAUGCCUCCGAUCCCCAGCUGUCAAAAUCAUAUGCCAAGGGAGAGGCAGAGGCCCAGACCCCACCAGUUCCCAGCAUACCUCCGCCCCCCACAAUUAUAACUACAGCACCGACAAGCCAUGAGCUAGACCAACCCGUCAAACGAAAAAACAAACUCAGGAUCCUCCCGGACUCUAGGAAGUUGUCAAUGGAAGCACUGCCGGAACAGCAAGCCGUGUCUGGCGAAAGGCCCAAGAACGACACUCGGGAUUCAACAGGUUCGCAGAGCGCUGAUCCGUCGUUAUCCGCCUCGAGAGUCAGCACUGAAGAGCCCGGACGCUUAUCAACGACGUCAAUUCGAAGCGCUGGUCGCGAUCGACCCAAUGGCUCCCAUCGCUCUUCUGUCGUGGACGUCCGAUACUCCGAAUCUUCUCGCUCCGACCAAAGUACGGGGGAAAAUGGGAUUUCCAGGACCAACUCACCUGGCGGCACCUCUUCUGGCACCAAACGUUUCCGUAUGCCACGGCUGAAGCGAAACCGCGGACCACUUUUCCCGCUACCCCCAAAGCCUACUGGAUCCCAGUUUGGAGCAGAUGGACCAACAGCCGGCCUGACGCAGUCCAAGUCUGUUCCGGACGGCCCAACGCGAAGAUCCGAUGCCUCGGACGGACACGAUCACAUAUCUCCACUACCCUCUCCAUCUCGGUCUUCAGCUGGUUUAUCGGCCUCGCGCCCACCCCUCUCGCGAAAAGAUUCGUCCAACUCUGCAAACUCGGCACACUCGACACCGUCUGUGCGAAACCGUGGUCUGUUGGCGAACAGGGCAAGAUCAUCUACCCUUGAUUCAGUAACGAAUAUGCGGGAUACCGAGUACCAACCAUCCCCUCCUCUUCCUUCCUCUGGCAGGACAUCCUUUUCGACUACCGGGCGUAAGAGUUUUGGUGAUAUAUUUGGCAUCUCAAAUCGAUUAAGGCAAAAUUCCGAACCAGGUUCUGUGCGCAACAAUGGUUCGCCCGGUGGUACAAAGGCCGCGUCAACACCUCUCACAAAAGUGCAAUCCUAUCCGGAACGGCAGGAGGACGACACUCCUGCGACUUACCUCACGCGACUCGAAGAAAACAUCCCCAAAAGCACUAUUGCUGGAGUUCUUUCUCAGUCGGGCGAGGACUUUUACAAAAAUGCGCUGCGAAAGUUUAUGCGUGGGUUUGCUUACUUUGGCGAUCCUAUCGACAUGGCCAUUCGAAAAUUGUUGAUGGAAGUAGAGCUUCCCAAAGAAACGCAACAGAUUGACCGAUUUCUCCAGAGCUUUGCAGAUCGAUACCACGAAUGCAACCCGGGUAUCUUUGCAUCGACGGAUCAAGCAUAUUUCAUUGCGUUUUCGAUUCUCAUUCUUCAUACCGAUGUCUUCAACAAGAAUAACAAGCGCAAGAUGCAAAAAGGCGAUUACGUGAAGAAUACUCGCGGUGAAGGUGUGGCAGAAGAUAUCCUGGAGUGCUUCUACGAGAAUAUUUCGUAUACGCCGUUCAUUCGAAUCGAGGACUCUAAUAUGAGCACGCGGCAUCUUGCGAAGCCUCGCAAGGCGUUGUUCCGGGUUCCUAGUGCGGAGAACCUUUCGCGCGUUGCCAGAGAGCCCGUCGACCCAUACGCAUUGAUCAUGGAUGGGAAGCUAGAGUCUCUUCGACCAAGCCUCAAAGAGGUCAUGAACUUGGAAGACCCAUACGGAUGCAACCCGACCACCGGCCCAUCCGAUAUCGACAGCUUACACGAGGCCUUUGCCCAGUCUGGUAUCCUACAAAUCAUCUCUGCGCGGUCACGGCCGGAUGCUUUUAUGCCAGCCAGCAUGAUCAACCCAGCCGAUUCCACCCCUGGACUGGUGGAUAUCAAAGUGGCCAAGGUAGGCUUACUCUGGCGCAAAGACCCAAAGAAGAAACGAGCGCGCUCGCCGUGGCAAGAAUGGGGUGCUCUCCUGACUCUCUCACACUUGUAUUUCUUCAAAGACGCGAAUUGGGUCAAAUCCUUGAUGGCACAGCGCGACUCGCACCAGCGAGAGGGUCGCCGUCGGGCAGUAGUGUUCAGACCGCCAUUGACGAAUUUCAACCCUGAUGGAAUGAUGUCAACCGAUCAUGCGGUGGCCCUCUUGGAUUCCAGUUAUAAAAAGCAUAAGCAUGCUUUCAUCUUUGUGAGGCCCAACUCUCUGGAAGAAGUCUUCCUAGCCAACAAUGAGGCGGACAUGAACGACUGGUUGGCGAAACUCAACUAUGCGGCAGCGUUCCGGACCACAGGAGUCGGAGCGAAGGGCCUGAUUGUUACCAAAUAUGAUGCCCAGCGAAAUCGCAUGAGCCGUCGUCCCUCGUUCAGGUCGGACAUAUCGCACGUCUCCGGAGACAAAGAACCUACAACCCCAGGUUCAGGCCCUGGCCCAACUGACGAAUUGAUGGCUGCUCGAAAGAGACUUAUUCAGCAGAAGAUCAAAGAGGCGAACGAACAGCUCUUCACGACGCAAAGGCAGCUAGAUGAUAUUCUGAGGAAUGCUCGGCACCUGCAAAUCCUAACUCCCGUCCACUUCCGCGCCCGAGAAAACCUGAUCAUGGCUGCCGGUCGCAUGGCUGCCAAGCUCAAAUGGGUCCGACAGGACCUCUGGCGCACGAGAUGCCAUCGAGAAGUCUUGGUCCGUGACCUAGGCGAGGAAAGUGAUCAACUGAAGCCGGCGCCAGAGCCACAGCGUCUUCGCUUAGAAAUCCCAGCUUCGACGUCUUCGCUAGCUGACUCUGUCUCCGCAAUUUCUCCCCGCGCAGAUAAGCCAGCAUCACCGAUUCCAAAAUCCCCCGCCGCGCUCUCCGAAAAGCAGGCAUCGGUCUACCAGGUUUCGUCUCCGUCUUCUAGCCUCGGCGGGGUGCGUCGUCCUAGCCUUGCCACCUCGGUGACCUCACCGGACCUGAUCGCCCGUGCUGGUAGGCCGCCCUCUAUCGAUAACACCAAAGAGCGAACGAACUCUGUCUCCCCGAACCCACCGAAUGGACUGGAACGUGAACCGUCAGUGCUCAGCUCUGCCAGCAAGAUGGACGUCGCAAGUCUUGCCUCCAAGGCAUCUAAGCUGACGCUUCCUGGAAGCUUUGAUGACGGCGAAGAGCGUCUGCUCCGUGAAGCCGGUCUGCUGGAUGCGGCCAGUUCGCCUUCACGAAAAGGAUCAGUCGCUAUCGAAAGCGUGGACUCUGAACCCAAGAAAGACGAGGCACAAGACGCGUCCCAGAGCGAUCGAAUGAGUCGAGUCCGGCACAGCUUCCACCGCACAUUGCGCGAUUCAUCCAGCGGACACCACGGAAACCACCCCAGGAGCAGAAAGCGCGACUCUACACCAAGUGCCUCUGCCCUCGAAGACGGCCAAAGUGGCGAAGGCGGCCUUUCCCGCAAGGGAGGCAGCUUCACCGUCCACGGCAAGAAAGCGUCGAUUGUGACCUUUGGAUCGGACUGGCAAAACAUGCCACCAGAAGAACGUCUCAAACUCCGAAAACCUACCCCGUCAGAAGAACCCCGGGCAUCAGACACAGACCUCAUCAGUGUUGGAAGCUCUGUCCGAUCUGGCGUAAGGGCAUCCAUGGAUGUGCCACGAAAGGUGUCCGAAGAAACACACCGUGACCUUCUGGACACGCGCUCCGUGCUCUCGGAAUCAGCCCUCUCCGCCCCCAUUUCCCACGACGACGAACCCAUUUCCCCCGCAACGGUCACGCACGACGACCACUCUUCCAUACAGGCCGCCAACGAGAAGACCGUCGAUGAACUGGAGAACUCAUCGAUGCCACAAAGCUAUCCUCAGCAGGCCGUGAAUGCAUGA